CUUCCGAGUAGCAUAUUGUUGUAUUCGAGUACUUCAAUUGAGAGCAGAAUAGAAUACUGGAAAAUCAGAGAAAAAACCACCGUCUCAUAUCAAGUCAAGUCGGUCAGUCUCGAUGCAGCGGUUAUAUCGGCUUUAGCAAGACAAUUACAAAUCAUAAUCCACACUACCCUAACGACACUCUGCUUCACCAGAGCUAUAAUUUAAAAUCUCGUUAACUUAAACGAAUUUGAUAAUAAGAAUUACAAUUUUUCAUUGCUUUUGGAUGAGCAUCAUCUUCAUUUUUAUUUUGUAUGUUUAUAUCAACGGUUAAUAAAGGUAUACGCGAUUCAAAUUCCUGAUCCAGUUUAGUGCAUUUAACGAAUCGUGACGGUCGCAAACAACAUUUUACAAGGUUCAAAGGAUAAAGCAGGUUUUAAAGAAAUAAAGAUACCUAAGUUUAUUUAAAUUGUAUUUCAAAGAAAUAAUUUAAAUUUUAAAAGUGCUGUGCUAAAGGAUUAGUCCUUUAAUUUUUUUGAAAAAAAAGAUGGAAAAAAGUGAAUCACAGAUCGAAAAAAAACCACAAAAAUGGGGUGGUCUGUUGAUAUUGGUUUCUUUUGCAACGACAAUCGGUGCUUCAGUUCCUGUUGGGUACUGCCUUGGGUGUGUAAAUAGUCCCGCAUUGUUUAUCAAAGAUUGGUGCAAUGUUACGCUUAUUGAGAAAUAUGAUUGGCAUUUAUUAGAGAGCGAACUAGAUGUCCUAUGGGCAUCAAUCGUAUCAAUUCUCUUACUUGGUGGAAUGGUUGGAUCACUUUGUGGAGCAACUGUUUCCGAUAAGUUUGGAAGAAAAGGAGCAAUUUUAAUAGCAGGAGCUCUUCUUAUUAUUGCUGCAUUUAUGUUCAACUUUUGUCGGGAAGCUAAAUCAGUAGAACUUCUAUUGAUCGGCCGAUUCAUAGUUGGUAUUUCAUCGGGAAUAACUUAUACUGCUUUGCCCAUAUAUCUUUUAGAAAUAGCUCCGCCACAUCUACGAGAAACUCUGGGAGUUUUUUGUGCUGUUGGCGUAACAGCGGGUAUUGUAGUUGGACAAUUCUUUAGUUUGAAUUUCAUCUUUGGAACAGAACAGCUAUGGCAUUAUGCUCUGAGUUCCUAUGGAGCCUUGGUUGUUAUUUGUUAUCUUCCAUCCUAUUACUUCCCAGAAAGUCCCAAAUGGCUUUAUCUGAUUAAAGAUGAUGCUAAAGGUGCUCGCAGUAGUCUCAGUCGAUUGCGGCAAAACGAUGAAGCUCAAGUUAAUGCGGAAAUGCUCGAUCUGGAAAUUGAAGCCAAUACCAAAAUUGAGAAGAGCAGCUUUUGGUCGGUUAUAUCAAAUCCAGCUAUGAAACUACCACUUUUCGUUAUAUGCUGUUAUCAAGCUGGUCAGCAAUUAUCUGGUGUUAAUUCAAUAUUUUUCUACUCAGUUCCGAUUUUUAUGAAAGCAGGAUUCUCAGCAAACGAUGCUGAAUUGGCUAACCUAGGAGCUGGUUGUAUGAAUUUGGCAGUUUCUUUGAUGGGACCGAUUUUAAUGGCUAAGUUUAACAGAAGACCAAUGAUGCUGAUCUCCAGUUCUAUGUGUGCAUUCUUUUUGGUAGCCAUAGCUACAUCACUUUACUUUAUUGAUGCUGCACCGUGGAUAGCUCUGGCUUGUAUUGGGUGCAUCUUCAUUUUUAUAUUCUUCUUCCAAUUUGGUCUUGGUCCGAUGCCAUAUUUCAUUGGAGCAGAAAUUGUUGAAGUAUCUCCACGACCUGUAGCCAUGUCAUUGGGAAGUCUUUCCUCUUGGUUGUGCAAUCUGACAGUUGGAAUGACAUUCCCUCCGUUGAAUGCAUUGAUUGGUUCAUUUGUUUUCUUGCCUUUUGCGGUCGCGUGUACAAUUGUGUUUUUCGUAACUUAUUUCUUUGUUCCGGAAACUAGAGGGCGUGAUUCAUCACAACUUGCUCCAAUGAUGGCUAACGGUUUUAAAUCUAAGAUUAAGUAAAUUUGUACAUAUUUGUUUUUUAUUGUAGUGAUUUUAAGUAUUUUUAUAGUUUAUAUUUUAAGAUGUUUGUUAAACUGCCUUGUAAAUUAUUUAUUUUUUCGCAUCCAUGUAAUAUAUUCCUUUUUUAUUAUGAUAUGUACAAAGUUUUAUAAUAAAAUAAGAGAUAGACGAUAUUUCUUAAAA